AUGUCGUCAGCAGGCACGGGUGGCAAGUCAGGACCUGCGGGGCAGAAGCCCGAGGCACGGAAGCCGGUGUCGCAGUCUGUUCGCGCAGGCUUACAGUUCCCUGUUGGACGUAUUCACCGUCACCUCAAGAACAAGUCGCAAAACAACAUUCGUGUGGGCGCCAAGGCCGCCGUGUACUUGAGUGCCAUCCUCGAAUACCUGACGGCAGAAGUGCUUGAGCUCGCAGGAAACGCCUCGAAGGACCUGCGCGUCAAGCGUAUCACGCCCCGUCACUUGCAGCUCGCCAUCCGUGGUGACGAGGAGCUGGAUUCGUUGAUUCGCGCUACGAUUGCCGGUGGUGGUGUGUUGCCAUACAUCCACAAGUCACUCAUCAAAACGCCCGGCAAAAAGAAGGGCGCCUCCGAGUGA